UGUAUCGACCUCCACCCACUCUUGUCGACGCACACCGGAACUCAGUGUGCUGCAGUUGAUCAUCCAAAAAGGCAGAGACUUGGUCUUGGAUUGUGUUCAUUUUGGUUCAGAUCAGUCAUUUUUGGCUGUGUUUUGUUUACAUUGACUAGGGAACGUUAAUCGUUUUUAGAUUGACGUCAUGAUGGCUGUCCCUGGACUAUCAUUACAAAGCUGUGCCGUUGUUUUACUGCUCCUCUCUCUUCGUUUUUCUAAUGGAGAUGUAAGCUAUUCUUUUCCCGAGGAGACGAAACGCGGAUGGGUGAUCGGGAAUAUCGCAAAAGACUUGGGUCUUGAAACAAGCAAACUAUCCACUCGAAAGGCCCGCAUUGAUACAGAUGGCAGCGACAAACGAUUCUGUGACUUAAACCUGCGUAAUGGGGAUCUCACUGUUGCCGAGAGGAUUGACAGAGAGGGCCUUUGUGGAGACAAAGCCUCAUGCGUUUUAAAACAAGAACUCAUGUUAGAGAAUCCAUUAGAAUUGCAUCGAAUUAGUCUUCACGUCCAGGAUAUAAAUGAUAACUCUCCGCAAUUCACUAAUGAUUUGAUCCAUAUAGAUAUUCGUGAAUCCGCGGAUAAAGGUGCCCGGUUUCCAAUAGAAGAAGCACAUGAUGCGGACAUAGGGAAAUAUGCCGUUCAGACGUACAACCUCCAAAGCAAUGAGAAUUUCAUUCUGGGCGUGGGGACUAAUUCUGUGGAACUUGUGCUAAAUAAAGAGCUUGACCGUGAAGAUUUAAAGGAAAUAAAUCUACUUCUUACUGCAGUGGAUGGUGGUUCUCCUCAAAGGUCAGGUACUGUGGUCAUUCACAUCACUGUACUUGAUGCUAAUGAUAACGUCCCAGUGUUCAGCCAGGCCGUUUAUAAAGCCAGUCUGCCCGAAAAUUCUCCACUAGGAACUGUUGUGCUGACAGUGAGUGCAACUGAUGCAGACGAGGGGUUAAAUGGAGAAGUUACAUAUGGUUUUGGACACAUUUCAGAAGACAUUAAGUCGAUUUUUGCAAUAGAUCCGAAGACAGGUGAUAUAAAAUCAACGACCACUGUUGAUUUUGAAACAGCGUCAUCUUUUGAGCUGCGUGUUACAGCAAAAGAUGGUUUAGGAUUAACUUCUUAUGCCAAAGUCAUCAUAGAUGUUACUGAUGUCAAUGAUAACCCCCCUGUAAUACAUCUAAAAUCAGUGACUACUCCCAUACCUGAGAACGUGUCACCUGGUACAGAGGUGGGCAUCAUUAACGUGCAGGACAGAGACUCUGAGACUAACGGACAGGUCCGCUGCUCCAUUCAGCAAGGUGUCCCUUUUAAGUUGGUUCCUUCUAUUAAAAACUAUUAUUCUCUGGUGACCACAGGACAACUGGACCGUGAACUAGUGUCUGAUUACAACAUUACAAUCACUGCCACUGACGAGGGCUCUCCACCUCUGUCCUCCUCUAAAACUGUUCAGUUAUCUGUAGCAGACAUCAACGACAACCCACCUGUGUUUGAGGAACAGUCGUACAGCGCAUAUGUGAGUGAAAAUAACAAACCUGGCUCCACUUUAUGUUCCGUUAGUGCUCGAGACCCCGACUGGAGACAAAACGGUACAGUGAUUUAUUCUCUGUUACCCGGUGAGGUGAACGGUGCCCCGGUGUCCUCCUAUCUGUCUGUUAACGGAGACACGGGGGUGAUCCACGCUGUGAGGUCGUUUGAUUAUGAACAGUUGAGGAGUUUUAAAGUCCAGGUGAUGGCCAGAGACAACGGUUCUCCUCCGCUCAGCAGCAACGUGAGCGUCAGUGUGUUCAUAUCGGAUGUGAAUGACAACUCUCCUCAGAUACUGUACCCCGCCCCGGAGGGCAACUCCUUCAUGACCGAGCUGGUCCCCAAAGCUGCACACGGAGGCUCUCUGGUGUCCAAAGUGAUCGCGGUGGACGCGGACUCCGGACAGAACGCCUGGCUGUCCUAUCAUAUAGUGAAGUCCACUGAUCCGGGACUUUUCACUAUUGGUCUCCACAGCGGAGAGAUCAGGACCCAGCGGGACAUUUCUGAGCCUGACAGCAUGAAACAGAACCUGAUUGUGUCAGUGAAAGAUAACGGACAGCCCUCUCUCUCUGCCACCUGUUCCAUGUAUUUACUGAUUUCUGAUAACUUGGCUGAGGUGCCAGAACUGAAGGACAUUUCUUAUGAUGAGAAGAAUUCCAAACUGACCUCUUAUCUGAUCAUCGCGCUGGUGUCUGUGUCCACCUUCUUCCUGACCUUCAUCAUCAUCAUCCUGGGUGUGAGGUUCUGUCGCAGGAGAAAGCCCAGACUGUUGUUUGAUGGAGCAGUAGCCAUCCCCAGCGCUUAUCUCCCUCCUAACUACGCAGAUGUUGACGGCACAGGAACUUUACGCAGCACUUACAAUUAUGACGCGUACCUGACAACAGGUUCAAGAACCAGUGACUUUAAGUUCGUGACAUCAUACAAUGACAACACACUGCCUGCUGACCAGACUCUGAGGAAAAGUCCUUCAGACUUUGUUGAAGCUUUUGGGGAUUGUGAUUCUUCUCCUGAGGUAGGAAGUGAUAUCACAUACUUUUUUGACCCAUUUGCAUCUAAAUAA